CUUCCUCGUCACUGAGGAACGGUGACUUCUCCGGCACGUCCGCACUCUUGACUGUGGACGAUCCUGGAGCCCGCACGUCGAAUGCUAUGUAAAAUUCCAAAGGCUCGGGGGGUGUUUUAAGUUGCAAAGAAGCAGCGCAGGUUCGUAGAAAAAGAUGGGCAAUUUUAAGGGUCAUGCUCUUCCUGGAAGUUUUUUCCUUCUGUUUGGCUUGUGGUGGUCUGUGAAAUAUCCAUUCAGGUACCUCUGUCAAAGGAGAAAAACCAUUUCCCUUGGUUCCAGGGCAGGAUUUCAACGCUUAGAAUUUACUGAGGGCAUAAUCAAGUUUGCCUUUGCUCUUAUUGGUAUGAUAGCAGAGCAGUUUGUUCCUGAUGGACCUCACCUGAAGCUGUAUAAUUAUGAAAAAAAGCAGUGGAAUUACCUAAUGAAUUGGCAGCAUGCAACCAUGUACCUCUUCUAUGGCAUCUCAGGGCUAGUGGACAUUGUGACUCACAGCACAAAUGCCUUACCAGAGGCCUUAGACCGAAUGAUGCUCUCACUUGCUGUUUUUGUGGAAGGAUUUCUAUUUUAUUACCACAUCCAUGGGCGUUCUAUGUUAGAUCUUCAUGUUCAUCAGUUACUUUUAAUAAUUAUCUUUGGAGGUGCCAUCUGCAUAUUCUUGGAAGUCUUCUUCCUUGAUAGCAUUAUUCUUGAGAUGUUCCGAACAAGUCUCUGCAUAUUGCAUGGAAGCUGGUUAUGGCAGAUUGGAUUUGUCCUUUACCCUCCAAGUGGAAGUCCUGAAUGGAACCAAGUGGAUCACAGUAAUGUCAUGUUUCUCACCAUGUGCUAUUGUUGGCAUUAUGCAAUAACACUUUUUAUCAUGGCAGUCAAUUAUACUCUAGUCAGCUGGGUGGUUCGUACCAAAAUAAUGCAAGUCCCAUCUAUGGAAAUUGGAUUAUUGAAAACAUCUGAGCGAGAACAGGAGUCAGAAGAUGAAAUUUAAUUCCGCAGAAACAUUUUCUCAUAGUUCACUUUCUAUUUUAGUAUUUCUAGUCUCUGAUGGUUUUGCUUUUUGUAUUAUUUAGACCUAUACAAUCUUGACAUUAAUUUAUGAAACUUCCAUUAUGGCAUUAUUUUUCCCAAGCUUGAAGUAGAAACAGAUGACAUUGUAGCAGUGACACUCUCAAAUGAAAAUCAAUCCUGGCCGUUAAUAGAUGGUGGACCUACACUUUCAUUGCUCUUGGAUAAACUGGGAAAUGUCCACAUAUUUUUCAAAAGCCAGAUGCAAUCUAAAUGCAACAGAAAACUGGAUAUAUAUUAAAAUA